AUUCCACCACUUUGGGACACCAGCUGCUGAACCCAGAGAACUGCCAUGAAACCACCCUUGAAGCAAUGGAGACAACUAAUGCUUUGUGGGAUAUUUACGUGGGGGCUCCUCUUCCUGGUGAUUUUCAUUUACUUCACGGACAGCAACCCUGCUGAGCCCGUGCCCAGCUCCCUUGCCUUCCUGGAGACUCGGAGGCUCUUGCCCAUGCAGGGGAAGCAGAGGGUCAUCAUGGGUGCCAUGCAGGAGCCCUCCUGGCCUGAAAGCGUGAAUACAAACAAGGGGCUGCUGGAUGGACACCCCAUGGGGCCUCGCGACCUGCAGAAAUGGGCCAAGUUGCCAGAUGGGGUUGAAAAUGAAGAGUUCUUUUUAUCCCAGAUUGGGAGAAAAUCCCAAAGUACCUUCUACCCAGAAGACGACGACUAUUUUUUUGCUGCCGGUCAACAAGGGUCUCACAGCCACACUCAGGGGACACUGGAGCCCCUUGCCCCCAGGCACGCUGGCAGGUGGAAGGGGUGGUUGCCGGAGAGGAAAAGGCACCAGCCCCAGGACAGCAGCCCCGCGCUGGAGGAGGCCGAGGAAGGAGACAGGCUGUACUCCUCCAUGUCCAGGGCCUUCCUGCACCGGCUCUGGAAGGGCACUGUCUCCUCCAAGAUGCUCAAUCCGCGCCUGCAGAAGGCCAUGAAGGACUACCUGGCGGCCAACAAGCACGGAGUGCGCUUCCGCGGGCGGCGCGCGGCCGGGCGGAGCCGGGCGGCCCUGCUGUGCGAGCUGCGGCGCCAGGUGCGCCUGCGCACGCUGGAUGGCACAGAGCCGCCCUUCUCCGCGCUGGGCUGGCGGGCGCUGGUGCCCCCUGUGCCCCUUGGCCAGCUGCACCCCAAAGGCCUGCGCUCCUGCGCUGUGGUCAUGUCUGCCGGCGCCAUCCUCAACUCCUCCUUGGGGGAGGAGAUAGAUUCUCAUGAUGCAGUCUUGAGAUUUAACGCGGCUCCCACCCGUGGCUAUGAGAGAGAUGUUGGGAAUAAAACCACUGUGCGCAUCAUUAAUUCCCAGAUUCUGACCAACCCCAACCAUCACUUCAUUGACAGUUCAUUAUAUAAAGAUGUCAUUUUGGUGGCCUGGGACCCUGCUCCUUAUUCUGCAAAUCUUGACCUGUGGUACAAGAAGCCAGACUACAACCUGUUCACACCAUAUGUUCAGCAUCGUCAGAGGAACCCAGAUCAGCCCUUCUACAUUCUUCACCCUAAAUUUGUAUGGCAGCUUUGGGACAUCAUCCAGGAGAACACCAAGGAGAAGAUUCAGCCCAACCCACCAUCUUCUGGCUUCAUUGGAAUCCUCCUCAUGAUGUCCUUGUGCAGUGAGGUGCACGUGUACGAAUACCUCCCGUCCGUCAGGCAGACGGAGCUGUGCCACUACCACGAGCUGUACUACGACGCGGCCUGCACACUUGGGGCCUAUCACCCCCUGCUCUACGAGAAGCUGCUGGUGCAGCGCCUGAACACUGGCGCCCAAGGGGAUCUGCACCGCAAGGGCAAGGUGGUUCUGCCAGGGCUACGGGCCGUGCACUGCCCCACCCCCAACUCUUGAAAAGGGACUCUGGGGAACCAAUGUGCAAUAAGUACUACUGUUGUGCUCUAAGUCACAAAAGAAUACUUGAACAUAUAUUUUAGGCAACGUAGUCUUGAAUCUUUAAACUGCAAUUUAGUGAGGGCCUCGAGAAUUCUUCUCUUUUUAAGCCCUUGAGUAUUUAUUGCUGCUUUGAAUAUAGUAAUGGAAUUGAAAGGGGAAAAAAGACCAAGAAAGAUGCACAAAAAAGAAUAGCUGGAAGAAAAGAAAAUGUGUAACAAAACUGCUAAGCUUUUUCCACGCUGUGGGCACAGCUUGUCAGGGCUGGUGUCAGUGACAGGGCUGAUGCCUGCAACACGUCUAACACUAU